GUUCUAGAAGGAAUCGAACAAGGAAGUCUGGGAGUCCCCACCACUUUUCAUUACGAGCGACUUCCAUCCAAAUUCGCCAUCGUCAUUUCGUCAUUCACCAGUUUCUGUUUGCCAUAGCCUGAUCGUUUUGUCAGUAGACAGAUUGUGCUCUAGAAUUCUUUGUGGUAUAUUCAAGUACUUUUGGUGUAAAUUUUAGCAAAAUGCAGAUCUUUGUGAAAACGUUGACCGGCAAGACAAUUACGUUGGAGGUGGAGCCGUCGGACACGAUUGAGAAUGUCAAGGCCAAGAUCCAAGACAAGGAGGGAAUUCCACCCGACCAGCAGAGACUCAUCUUUGCCGGAAAGCAGCUUGAGGAUGGCAGAACCCUGUCUGACUACAACAUCCAGAAGGAGUCCACUCUCCACUUGGUGCUGAGAUUGCGUGGAGGAAUGCAGAUCUUUGUCAAAACCUUGACAGGAAAAACCAUCACCCUGGAAGUUGAACCUUCAGAUACUAUUGAGAAUGUGAAGGCCAAGAUCCAAGACAAGGAGGGAAUUCCACCCGACCAGCAGAGACUUAUCUUUGCCGGAAAGCAGCUCGAAGAUGGCAGAACCCUGUCUGACUACAACAUUCAGAAAGAAUCCACUUUGCAUCUUGUGUUGAGGCUGAGAGGAGGUAUGCAAAUCUUUGUCAAGACGUUGACUGGAAAGACCAUCACGUUGGAGGUGGAGCCGUCAGACACCAUUGAAAACGUGAAGGCCAAGAUCCAAGACAAGGAGGGAAUCCCACCCGAUCAGCAGCGUCUCAUUUUCGCUGGAAAGCAGCUUGAAGAUGGCCGUACCCUGUCUGACUACAAUAUUCAGAAAGAAUCCACUUUGCAUCUUGUGCUGAGGCUGAGAGGCGGUAUGCAGAUCUUCGUGAAAACGUUGACAGGAAAGACCAUUACAUUGGAGGUGGAGCCCUCAGACACGAUUGAGAACGUGAAGGCCAAGAUUCAAGAUAAGGAAGGAAUCCCCCCUGACCAGCAGCGUCUCAUUUUCGCUGGAAAGCAGCUGGAAGAUGGAAGGACACUGUCUGACUACAACAUUCAAAAGGAAUCCACUCUUCACUUGGUUUUAAGAUUGCGUGGAGGUAUGCAGAUUUUUGUCAAGACCUUGACCGGCAAGACCAUCACCCUGGAAGUAGAGCCAUCUGACACUAUCGAGAAUGUAAAGGCUAAGAUCCAAGAUAAGGAAGGAAUCCCCCCAGACCAGCAGCGACUUAUCUUUGCCGGAAAGCAGCUUGAAGAUGGCCGCACUCUUUCUGACUACAACAUCCAGAAAGAAUCCACCCUUCACUUGGUUUUGAGAUUGCGUGGUGGUAUGCAGAUUUUUGUCAAGACCUUGACCGGCAAGACCAUCACCCUGGAAGUAGAGCCAUCUGACACUAUCGAGAAUGUAAAGGCUAAGAUCCAAGAUAAGGAAGGAAUCCCCCCAGACCAGCAGCGACUUAUCUUUGCCGGAAAGCAGCUUGAAGAUGGCCGCACUCUUUCUGACUACAACAUUCAAAAGGAAUCCACUCUUCACUUGGUUCUGAGAUUGCGCGGUGGUAUGCAGAUUUUUGUCAAGACCUUGACUGGAAAAACCAUCACCCUGGAAGUUGAACCUUCAGAUACUAUUGAGAAUGUCAAGGCUAAGAUCCAAGAUAAGGAAGGAAUCCCACCCGACCAGCAGCGUCUUAUCUUUGCUGGAAAACAAUUAGAAGAUGGUCGCACCCUUUCUGACUACAACAUUCAAAAAGAGUCCACCCUUCACCUUGUCUUGCGUUUGAGAGGAGGUAUGCAAAUUUUCGUCAAAACAUUGACUGGAAAGACUAUCACCCUGGAAGUUGAACCAUCCGAUACUAUCGAGAACGUAAAGGCCAAGAUCCAGGACAAAGAAGGUAUUCCACCCGAUCAACAGAGACUUAUCUUCGCUGGAAAGCAAUUGGAAGAUGGUAGAACACUAUCAGACUACAACAUCCAAAAAGAGUCCACUCUCCACCUUGUGUUGCGUCUUCGUGGAGGAAUGCAAAUCUUUGUAAAGACUCUGACCGGCAAGACCAUCACCCUGGAAGUAGAGCCAUCAGACACUAUCGAGAAUGUCAAGGCUAAGAUUCAAGACAAGGAAGGUAUUCCUCCAGAUCAGCAGCGUCUUAUCUUUGCUGGUAAGCAACUGGAAGAUGGUAGAACACUGUCUGACUACAACAUCCAGAAAGAAUCCACUCUUCAUCUUGUGUUGCGUCUUCGUGGAGGAAUGCAAAUCUUUGUAAAGACUCUGACCGGCAAGACCAUCACCCUGGAAGUAGAGCCAUCAGACACUAUCGAGAAUGUCAAGGCUAAGAUUCAAGACAAGGAAGGUAUUCCUCCAGAUCAGCAGCGUCUUAUCUUUGCUGGUAAGCAACUGGAAGAUGGUAGAACACUGUCUGACUACAACAUCCAGAAAGAAUCCACUCUUCACCUUGUGUUGCGUCUCCGUGGUGGUAUGCAGAUCUUCGUAAAAACUCUGACCGGCAAGACCAUCACUUUAGAAGUUGAACCAUCCGAUACUAUCGAGAACGUGAAAGCCAAGAUCCAGGACAAGGAAGGUAUUCCACCCGACCAGCAGCGUCUUAUCUUCGCUGGAAAGCAACUGGAAGAUGGCAGAACCCUGUCUGACUACAACAUCCAGAAAGAAUCUACUCUCCACCUUGUGUUGCGUCUUCGUGGAGGAAUGCAAAUCUUUGUAAAGACUCUGACCGGCAAGACCAUCACCUUGGAAGUGGAGCCCUCCGAUACCAUUGAAAACGUGAAGGCCAAGAUCCAAGACAAGGAGGGAAUUCCACCCGACCAGCAGAGACUUAUCUUCGCUGGAAAGCAACUGGAGGAUGGCAGAACCCUGUCUGACUACAACAUCCAAAAAGAAUCUACACUCCACUUGGUUCUCAGACUUCGUGGUGGAACUAACUAAUUACAUAUAUUAUUCAUCUGUGUCAAUCUAAUUCCUAUAAAUUCUCAGUAAAUUUUGAAAUAAAUGAUUAGGAAAGCUCAUUUUUACUAUGUUUGAUUACUUGGUCUCAAAUUUCUAAGUUGAUAGUUUUCUAAGUAAUUUUUUUAUAAUUUUUACUGCAUUAAACAGUUCUGACGUAU